CCGGUUUCCGGUUUCCUGUCGCGCUAUUGUUGCUGUAUUCUCUUACCGGUUCGCGUAUCUGCACCUCGCAGACAAACGCGUUUGCUUUUAAAGUAGCUCAGCGUACAAUUUCUAAAUGAGGGCUCUAUUCAGCAGAAGAGCCGCAUUGCUCAUAUGUGCUUAAAACGGAAAAAAGACUGAAACAGUUCUGGAGAGCUAUGGAAUAAAACAAAAACACACAGAACUAAAUGUUGAACUUUUUAGCUCGGAGUUUCCUUCCUGGUGUCCUCAAGAAGCAGAGCUGAGGUUGGAGUUGUGCCCAUGAAGGCCUUGUUUCAGCGCAGGCUUCAGAAACUGAGGCUCUAAACGCAGUACAAUCUGCAGUCCCUGUGUGUGAAUGCUCGCUGGCCCGGGUGUCUACAGCGAUGGAGUCGUAUCUUUUCCCUUUCGAUGGGCUGAUCUGCAUGCUCCUGGGCAUCUCCUUCACCGUGUGGUUCACACUCCUGCUGGUCUUCAUCAUCGUACCUGCGGUGUUCGGUGUGUCCUUUGGCAUACGGCGGCUCUACAUGAAUUCACUCCUGAAAAUAUUUGAGUGGGCCACGGUGAGGAUGGAGAGAGGAGCAAAAGAGAAGAACCAGCAGCUCUACAAACCGUACAGCAAUGGGAUCAUAGCGAAGGAACCGGCAUCUCUGGAGCAGGAAAUACAGGAAGUGAGGCGUGUAGGCGGAGCCGAGGCCGAGUUCGACAUGUCCGACAUCUUCUUUUUCUGCCGACGCGGAGUUGAGAGCAUUGUGGAUGAUGAGGUGACAAAGCGCUUCUCAGCCGAGGAGCUAGAGUCGUGGAACCUGCUGACACGCAGCAACUAUAACUACAAUUUCCACAACAUCAGCACACGGCUGACGGCGCUGUGGGGGCUCGGCAUGCUCAUCCGCUACUGCAUCUUGCUGCCUCUCAGGGUCACUCUGGCUUUUACCGGUGUCGGACUCCUUGUGGUUCUCACAUCCCUCAUCGGCCUGCUCCCAAAUGGCGAGAUGAAGAAUUUCCUGAGUGAAAAAGCUCAUCUGAUGUGCUACAGGAUCUGUGUUCGUGCUCUCACCGCCAUCAUCACGUACCACGACAGUGAAAACAAACCCAAGAAUGGAGGCAUUUGUGUGGCCAAUCACACAUCACCCAUCGAUGUCAUCAUCCUGGCCAGUGACGGCUGCUACGCCAUGGUCGGGCAGGUCCACGGUGGCCUUAUGGGUGUGAUUCAGAGAGCGAUGGUUAAAGCCUGUCCACACAUCUGGUUUGAGAGAUCAGAGGUCAAAGAUCGGCACCUAGUGGCCAAACGGCUCAGUGAUCAUGUUGCAGACAAAACCAAGCUGCCUAUCCUCAUUUUCCCAGAGGGCACCUGUAUUAAUAACACCUCAGUAAUGAUGUUUAAGAAGGGAAGCUUUGAAAUUGGAUGCACCGUCUAUCCAGUGGCUAUAAAGUAUGACCCAAGGUUUGGAGAUGCUUUUUGGAACAGCAGUAAGUUCGGGAUGGUGAAUUAUCUCCUCCACAUGAUGAGCAGCUGGGCCAUCGUCUGCAGUGUGUGGUAUCUACCACCCAUGAACCGAGAGGAGGGUGAGGAUGCUGUGCAGUUUGCUAACCGGGUGAAGGCUGCCAUCGCCAGGAAAGGAGGUUUAGCCGAUCUGUUAUGGGAUGGCGGGUUGAAACGGGAGAAGGUGAAGGAGGUGUUUAAGGAGGAGCAGCAGAAACUCUAUAGUAAAGUGUUAGUGGGAAAUGGUGAGGAUCGAAGUCGCUCCUGAUCACCGACAGGCUACCUGAUUGCAAGCAGACCUACUGACUGUGCCCAGAGCGCAGGAUGUUUCUGAACCACGGCACAGACCAAAACCAGCCAAGGUCAACGCCUUGCUGAACUCCUUUGCAAGAUUAACGCUGAACUGAAAUAAACUGAAUUAAACAGGUCUGAACUGAACAGAUCUCAUUCGGAUGGAACUAAACUGGACUGGAAACGACCUUAGCUGAUUGAAGCAGUUCGGAACUGACCGGAAUCAAAUGGAUCCUGAAAUGAACAAAUUCAAUCUGAAUUGAACUGACAUGAACUGCUUUAAGUGGAAUGGAACAUGUUGAAUUUGAACCGAACAGAACCGAACCAAACUGAACAAACGAGGACAGGUCAGAAAUGAACCAAAAAAAUCUCAUAUGUAUAGAACUGAAUAAAACUAAAUUCAGCUAAGCAAAUCCAAACUGAACUAAAACAGAUCUGAUUAGAUCAGAUCCAAAUUGAAGACAUCUUUGAAAUUGAAGAAACAAAAUGAAAUAAAUUAAUAUGAAACUGAUUCAGACUGAACUAAAGGACCCUGAAUUGAAUUACCCUGUUCAAACUGCAUUGAAUUAACUGGAUUCAAGUGGAAUGACUCUGAGCUGAACUGAAUCAGAAGAAUCUGAUCUGAAUUGUACAAAUCAAAUUAGAUUUGAACUGAAGGAAGACGUUGCUUGCUGACAAAUUUCAGAAAUGUUACUUUGCACAUUUUUAAACAGGUCCAGUGGCAUUCUUUCACUUUCCUCGGGACUGAGUUACAUCAAACAUAUUUUUUUGUUUUCUAUUUAUUUAUUUUUCUUUUUUUGUGUAUUCCGUUACAGUAGGGACACAUUUGCUGUCUGAAUGCAUGUUGUCUUAAAAAAGUGAAGAUGUGCGUCUAAAAGUCUUGCCAUUUUUCUUUUAAAAAGAAAAGAAACUCAGUGUUUGGAUUAUGAUCUCUCAAUCUGACAUCGGACACUCAGGCAAAGUGUGUGCUUUCUCAUUUAGGUGUUCAAUCACUUAAAUGUUGACAAAUACAGAUUAAAAACAGCAAAAGAAUUGUGUGUAUCAUUAUUAGAUAUGUGCUCAUAAUUAGAUAUACUAUAUAAAAUGCUUAUUAAACACGCACAAUAUUAUAGUGGCCACUUGAGAACAUUGUACGAGAUGAAGCCUGCACUGUUCAAAAGACACCAUAAGAUAAGGGUCUCAUCUGAUCUCGUCUGGGCAAAAGCAAUCCCAUUAUUCUGUGUAUCGGGUGAGAGUGAAAUAAAAGGAAAAAAAUCAUGAAAAUGUUGGGUGAUGAUAAGGUGUGAAACUGAAAAUAUCUUGAAUUCUGUUGAAUCCUGUCAGAAUUGUCUGCUUUGUUUCUCAUUAAAUGAAUAUGUUGUAUUAACA